AUGCAUCUUGCUUCAACGGGAUGUGCUGUGGCUCUGCACUACAAGUUGUUGGCCAUCCCGGCAACCCAAGUGGUCUACACUGGACUCUCCGUUGCUGCCAAGUACACCGCUGGCCAAUUUGCAAGUCCGAAAUUCAAUAUAGUGGCGAUUUCAGCGCUUCUAGCGCAAGUUGUGGCGCUAGCAAAGACAGCAGAGAUCGCUUUGUUUGUUGCAGCCGGCUGGGGGAUCACGCAGAAAUCCUUGGAGCGGAGCGACAUCUUUCGUAUUCGCUCUGUUUCGGUUGAGUGGGCUCUUGCUUUCGUUAUCUUGAAGCAGCUACAAGUCAGCAACAUCGGUAUCGCGGUCAUUUGGGGAAUCUCUUGGGCCUCCAUCAUGUUCUUGCUCCACCACUACCCAGCAGCAAAUCUAAAGAUGUUACGGCUCAGAUACAGAAUUGGGGAGCAGCUCGGCAUUGAUACAACGUUGGUCAUGUGGAAAGGGACACUAUUCCUUAACUUUCGACGACUCCAAAAGGGAUUUCUCUUCGUCGCCACCAUCACUGCACUGACUGGAUCUGACAAUCGCUGGCGCGUCUGGGAGUGGAUAUCUGUACAAGGCCACGAGAUCCUAAUUUUUCUUCUGUACUCUGUACUGAGCUACAUCUGCCGGUGUCAAGAAUUCCGCUUUAGUGAACUGGAAAACUUGGAGAUUGAGGUUGACUCAGAGAGCAAUGGCACCACAGCCGCACAAGAAAAUGGCUCCAUCGACGCGGUUAGCGGCACGAAUGUUAUCUCUGUUGUUCGUCUUGUUGGGAACAACCUUCGUGCUUAA